UGAUGAGGAACAAAAACAACUCAUGUGUCAAAAUGACUGAACAUGUCUGGUGUUUUGGAGUGACAUCUGGGGAGUAACAGAGGGACAAAGAGAGGAGAGAGAGGGGUGAAAGAGGGGAGGACGGGGGGAGACAGAGGGAGGCCAGUGAGGGGAGAGAGAGUGGUGUGUACGUGAGUGACUAAGAGGGGUGAGCAAAGGGAUAGAGAGACGAGGAGGGAAAAAGAAAGAGGGCUAAAAGAAGGAGAGAGAGGCUAAGACAGAGGAAGAGAGAGAGAGAGAGAGACUGAGAGGAGAGAGAGUGAAUACUUGUGUGUGAUUGUGUGAGAGAAAGAGAUUGGGGUGUGAGAGGGUAGAUGCGAAAGACAUAGAGAAGGAGAGAAAGGGGAGGGGGGAGGGGAAAGAGAGGGGAGAGAGGGGAGAGCCAGCAUGAGCGAUGAGGAUGUGAUCAACUGCACCAUCAGCCAUGAGAUCCACCAGUAUCUGUUCUCCUGUGUCUACAUCCUGGUCCUUUUGAUUGGUGUUCCUUCAAACCUGUAUUCCCUGUAUCACGCGGUGCUGCAGCUGAAGCAGAAGAACGAACUGGGCGUGUACCUCCUGAACCUCACCAUGUCAGACCUGCUCUACCUCGCCUCUCUGCCCCUGUGGCUCCAGUACAUCUUUCAGGACGAUGACUGGAGGCACCGUGAGUGGCUGUGUCAGCUCUGUGGGUUCCUCCUCUAUGAAAACAUUUACAUCAGCAUCGGCUUCCUCUGCUGCAUCAGCCUCGACCGUUAUCUGGCUGUGGUCCACCCGCUCAGAUUCACUUCCCUACGGUCUAUGCACACGGCCUGGCUCGUCAGCGGCAUCAUCUGGUUGAAGGAAAUAGCUGUGGGAGCCGUUUUCUUCAAACAUAAAGAAUUGAGCCGAGACCGAACCAACCAGUCUGUGUGUUUCGAGCACUACCCCAUGCAACCCUGGGAAUAUCCAAUCAACUACUACCGUUUUGUGGUCGGCUUCAGCCUGCCAUUAGCCAUCCUGCUGAUCUCGUACCUAUGUGUGCUCCGGGCAGUUGGCCGCAGUGCCGGGACUCUGCCUGAUCAGAAGUCCAGGAUCCGACAGCUCGUCAGCAGCACCAUCCUCAUCUUCCUCGUCUGCUUCUCGCCGUACCACGUCUUUCUGCUGGUGCGCACCCUACUGGAGAGAGACUGCAUCUUCAUCAUAGGUAUUUUCAACUACUACCACAUUUCUCUGCUCCUGACCAGUCUGAACUGCGUGGCUGAUCCGGCAUUGUACUGUUUCGUCAGUGAAAGCGCUCGCCGUGGGAUCUACAAGGCCCUGCUCCGUCCCGUAUCCAGGCUCCUUUGCUGCUGCUGUCGCCGUGGAAACACCAGUCCUGGCAACCUCCCGUCAACCUCCCACGAGGUUGCCACGGACAACCACGACGGGCGUCAUACGGUUACGCUGCUCACCCACACCAGUGCAAUGACUGAACUAAAAAGGGAUAAUUUGAUAAAACAUACCAUUCUUGUCACGCAAAAUGAUGAAAAGACAUUAAUACCAUUGACUGCACAGAGUAACAAAUAUAUCACAAAUGGAGAAGGGAAAAAUACAUGCUCGGUUUAAAUAAAGUUAAAGGUGCACUCUGCAACUUUUCUGGUGGGGCUCCUUAUCUCCAUCAUGUGUUUAUUCCCUUACUGGACAUUUUAUUGCUCAGAAAUACCUUGAAAAACAUGCAUUGUUGCCAUGAGUGGUUCACCUCACCACAGAUGUGACCUUUUUUUUUGUGUGUGUGUGUGCCUAUUUCUGUUCUCUUACUGUGAAGUGCGCAUUGCAACACUGGAAUUCCACUUGGAAAAAUAAAGGUUAACUGCUUGUCAAAAACAUUAAAUGCUGUACUGUUGAAUAUUACAUGGAAAGAAGUCACAUCUCCAUGGACACAAGUAGCUGGCAUACCCCAACCAGAAAAGUUACAUAGUGUACCUUUAAGAAGUUAAGAUUAAGUAAGAUUUUGAACCUUGGGUAAAGAAGCAAGAGGUAAUGUCGGUGCAGCGUUUGGGGAUCCAUCUCCAGAUCUUGAGCCUGGAUUUCGGUCAGGACCCAAAGGAAACUCACCCAGACACAGGCAGAAUAUGCAAACUCCCCACAGAAAGGCCAUCUCAUAGUCCAGAACUUACACCCAGGAUCCUCUUGUUGUGAGAUGAGAAUGCUAACCACUCUGCCACUGCACUAUUGUUAAGCUUAUGAAAAUUUACAAUGUUGAACUAGAAACUACCUUCAAGAUGUUGGAACAAUUUUGACAACUUUUUACCAUUCAAAGAAUAGAAUAUUUUGGUUUAAAUUGCAAAUCACUACGGCAACAUUCCUAAUUCCCAUUGAUUCUGGAAGCCAUACAUGACAUUAACAAACCAAAGCAAAUGUAUUACGAGGGGAAAGGCAAGGUUGGAAUAGACAACUUUAGUGGACCAUUUUUUCAAACUUCCGGCUGCUCCGUUUCUGUGCGAAUGCAUUUUGGCAGGAUUUUAAGCUAGAUGCCUUUCUGUUUGUAACCAUACUUGUACUGUGACUGGAGUGGACAAUGUAGGUUACUUGCUCAAGGACACAAUGGCAGCAUGUAUAUUUGACCAAGGUUCGGACCAGUGAUUCCAGUGGAUCAAACUCUAUGGCAGCUUCCACACUGAGCUGUAUCGCUUAAAGUGUUAUUGUGUUACAAGUUCUUCCAUUGUUUACAUCAGGAUACAAACACAGACCUGUAAAAUGACUGAAAUUAUUCAAAUAUUCUUCAACUUUUGAUAUGUUAUGAACACAUACAGACACAUCGCAAAAACACAAAUACAGCUGCCACUUUCCAAUGACAAAAAAGAAAAGAAAUUAAAGGUACACUGCGUAACUUUGUGGAGGUGGCAAGUCACCUGCACGAUACCACAG